AUGAGGCCCUCCACCAGCGCCGCGACGCCGCCGGCGUCGCCGGUCCCGACGGCGCUGACUAGCCCUAAGUCCGGCGCCACCAAGCGGCAGCGGAAGGCGGUGCCGCUCGGCGACGUCACCAACUUUCUCCUCCCCGAGACCCCGACCCCGAUCAAGCCCAGAAGAAAUGCACGCCGGCCCCUCCCCGCGCCCUCCGAGGCCUCGGCUGUCUCCUCCACCUGCUCCUCCUCCGCCUCGGUCACCCCGGCGCUCAAGCCUUCCUCCUCCGCGCCGGCCACUCCCGCGCCCAAGCCGUCCUCCGCCGCCCCUGUCACGCCCGCGCCCGAACCGUCCUCCUCCGCCGCGGUCACGGCCGCACCCAGGCCUCCCAAGCCGUCCUCCACUGCCUCCGUCACGCCCGCGCCCAAGCCUUCAUUCGCCGCCGUCCUCGACGAGGAGGGGAGCGUGUUCGAAUCGCCGACCAUCUGCACGGUUUACGCGAGGCGCAGGACUACCGAGGCUGAGGCUGAGGCCGAGGGACGGAUCAACCCCACCAUCACCAACAAGGGCAAGGAACCCGUCGGUGCUGCGGCAAGUUGCCCGCCUCUUGGAAAAUCCACGAAGAAUAUCAGGAAAAAGGAUACUCGGCCCAUCUCUUUGUCAGCUACUUGUCGGGAAGCUAAAAAGAAACGGCCCCUUGCAAGGACACCCAAGUUACCAGAAGAAUUUGUCAAAAAGCAGAGAGCAUACUUUGCAGAUGUGGAUGCCUUUGAACUGGCAGAGGAGGAGGUAUCAGAAUCUGAGCUGGAGUGA